AUGUUCCCUUCCGCGAGGGAGCUCUUCUUCUUCCGUCCCGAGGGCGGGCUUCAGGGGCGUGGCCACUGGAGCACAGGAAUUGGGGAUGCUAAGGGAAGUCGGGUCCGGCUAGGGCCGACGUGGAAUGGCCAAAGUAAGGCCCAGCAGGGCCUGCAGCCACAGCCCUCUGCCUGCUCCCCCGCUCACCCUGGGGUGGGCCUGGGAGCCGCCUGCAAGCCCUCAGGGCCACCUUUGGAGGAAUCUGGGAUGGCAGAGGGUGCAAGGCUCAGCCCUUCCCUUCAGCCUGCUGCCCACAUCCUGAUCCCUAGACUCCCCCACUGCCUGAGGAGGCCGCGUGGACAGCUGGCUGGGGCCAGUUUCCGGGAGGAGCCCCCCAGUAGGCGGAGAGGCUUCGCAGCCACCCACAGCCCUCAGGUUCCCAGCAGGAUGAGCCGGGUUGGGGAGAUGAGGGGCAGGGCUGUGCUGGGCUGGGACCCCGGCCAGCAGUACCCCCAGGCUCCUCAGCCGAAGAGCCCCGACUGGCGGUUUAGCCUCCUCGGGGACUCUGACGGGGAAUGGGCAACACAGGUGCUGACCAUCACCUCUCAUGAACUCUACUCUGCUGGCUACGCCCCUCACAGGCCUGCUUGGCCAGUAGCACUCUGCCCGAAGGUCCUGACCUCUUCCCCUGAGCGAGAGCGGCCAGAAACCGGCGCCCACAUCCCCCGGCCCGCGCGCGCCGUGUUCCCUCGCAGUCCGGCUUCUCUCAGCUCCCCUGCCUCCAGCCUGGCCGGUCCUCCCCCGUGGCCCCCGGCCCACCUUCCAGUCGCCUCACUCCUGCCGCCGCUUGCAGGCCGACGGCUUGAGGCCGAGACGACGGGUCCGCGGCACUCGAGCCAGGCGGCGGAAGAGGAGGUGCGCGACGCGCCCGCGGGCCCCGACGAGGGCGCCGGAGGGGACGCGCCGACCCCGGAUCCGGACAAGGACGGAGACGCCGAGGUGGGCAGCCACCGGGAGCUGAGCUGUCACCGCCUGCAGGAGUCCUUGUUCAGCUCUGACAGUGGCUUCAGCAACUACCGUGGCAUCCUUAACUGGUGUGUGGUGAUGCUGAUCUUGAGCAACGCCCGGUUGUUUUUGGAGAACCUCAUCAAAUACGGCAUCCUGGUGGAUCCCAUCCAGGUGGUGUCUCUAUUCCUGAAGGACCCCUACAGCUGGCCCGCCCUGUGCCUGGUUAUUGCGGCCAACGUCUUUGCUCUGGCCGGGUUCCAGGUUGAGAAACGUUUGGCGGUGGGGGCCCUGACGGAACGGGCGGGGCUGCUGCUGCACGUGGCCAACUUGGCCACCAUUCUCUGCCUGCCAGCGGCGGUGGCCUGCCUGGUGGAGUCCAUCACUCCAGUGGGCGCCGUGUUGGCGCUGUCCGUGUACACCGUCCUCUCUCCUGCAGUGGGCGCCGUGUUGGCGCUGUCCGUGUACACCGUCCUCUUCCUUAAGCUUUUCUCUUACCGCGACGUGAACCUGUGGUGCCGUGAGCUCAGGGCCGCGGCCAAGGCCGGUGAGAGGCGCCCGGGGGCUGGGGCCCGCAUGGCCAAGCCCAGCCCGAGGGCCCUGCUCGGGGCCUCUGCAGACAAGGCCAACGGGGCUGCAGCACAGCGCUGGGUGAGCUACCCCGACAACCUGACCUACGGAGAUCUGUACUACUUUCUCUUUGCCCCCACCCUGUGUUACGAGCUCAACUUUCCCCGCUCUCCCCGGAUCCGGAAGCGCUUCCUGCUGCGGCGGCUCCUAGAGAUGCUGUUCUUCACGCAGCUCCAGGUGGGGCUGAUCCAGCAGUGGAUGGUCCCCACCAUCCAGAACUCCAUGAAGCCCUUUAAGGACAUGGACUACUCCCGCAUCAUCGAGCGCCUCCUGAAGCUGGCGGUCCCCAAUCACUUCAUCUGGCUCAUCUUCUUCUACUGGCUGUUCCAUUCCUGCCUGAACGCCGUGGCCGAGCUUCUGCGGUUUGGAGACCGGGAGUUCUACCGGGACUGGUGGAACUCGGAGUCGGUCAGCUACUUCUGGCAGAACUGGAACAUUCCUGUCCACAAGUGGUGCCAGAGACACUUCUACAAGCCCAUGCUUCGGAGGGGCGCCAGCAGGUGGAUGGCCAGGACAGGGGUGUUCCUAGCCUCGGCUUUCUUCCACGAGUACCUGGUGAGCAUCCCCCUGCGCAUGUUCCGUCUCUGGGCGUUCACAGGCAUGAUGGCUCAGAUCCCGCUGGCCUGGAUCACUAGCCGCUUCCUCCAGGGCAACUACGGCAACGCAGCCGUAUGGCUGACGCUCAUCAUCGGACAGCCGGUGGCGGUGCUCAUGUACGUCCACGACUACUACGUGCUUCACCACGAGGCCGCGACCACGGGCCCCUGAGCUUCACGGCCGCCCCGCUCCCACUCACUGCCCACCGCCCAGAGCCUGCCUUCUUGCCGGGGUGAGGAUGGGGGUUUGCCAAGAGCCAGAGGGGCGACUCCCCGCAGGCCUGCCACCUCCCUCCCUGCCCUGGGAGGCCUCUCUGCCCCUAUGGGGCCCCUUCCCCUCAGGGAUCGGACUGUAGCAAGGGGCGGGCGGGGUGGGGUCGCCGCCCUGCAGUUUGUACAGAUUCUGCCCGCAGGGCCGAGUGUGUCAAUAAAGUGCUG